AUGACGACGUCGCUUACGGAGCUUGACAAUGAUUUGGUUCGCAGCAUGACAAUAGGAGCCGUUUUCUCCGAAUUCGGUGGGAAGAUACAUUGCAUUGAUUUCCAUCGAAAGGAUGAUUUACUUGUUACGGCAAGUGAGGAUGACUCGGUGCGACUUUAUGACAUCGCUAAUGCUAAGUUAUUGAAGACCACUUCUCAUAAGAAACAUGGCACUGAUCGGAUAUGUUUUACUCAUCAUCCAAGCUCUGUUAUAUGCUCUUCAAAGUACAAUUUGGAGUCAACUGGAGAAUCAUUGCGGUAUUUAUCAAUGUAUGAUAACCGAUGCAUAAGAUACUUCAAAGGGCACAAACAGAGAGUUGUUUCUCUCUGCAUGUCUCCAAUCAAUGAUAGCUUCAUGUCUGGUUCUCUAGACCACAGUGUCAGGAUAUGGGAUCUUCGAGUAAAUGCUUGCCAGGGUAUCUUACGUCUACGCGGUAGACCUGCUGUUGCAUAUGACCAACAAGGCCUGGUCUUUGCUGUAGCAAUGGAAGGGGGUGCUAUUAAAUUAUUUGAUUCUCGUUCUUAUGAUAAGGGUCCCUUUGACACCUUUCUAGUUGGUGGUGACACAGCUGAAGUUUGUGAUAUCAAGUUCAGUAAUGAUGGCAAAUCAAUGCUUCUGACUACUACUAAUAACAAUAUUUAUGUUCUUGAUGCAUAUGGAGGAGAAAAGCGUUGUGGGUUUAGUUUGGAACCAUCUCCUGGCACCCCAAUAGAGGCUACAUUUACCCCAGAUGGGAAGUACAUGGUGGCAGGAUCAGGAGGUGGAACCAUGCAUGCUUGGAGUAUUGAGAUGAAAAAUGAGGUGGCAUGUUGGAGUAGCCAUAUUGGCGUGCCUUCGUGCUUGAAGUGGGCCCCUCGCAGAGCCAUGUUGGCCGCAGCUUCAAGUGUUCUAACGUUCUGGAUACCCAAUAAUGAUUCAAAUCUGAAAACCGAGUAUGGUGGCUUCGACGCCGAAGCUGGACCUCAACUCCAUCCACUUCUCCAUUGA